AUGGCUGAUCAAAUAUUCGCCCGCCAUAACGGCGCUCUAGACGCCAACCCUUCGACUGUCAAUGGCCAAAGCAGCCAGAUUAACAUCACCGUACGCGGUUCUGACUGGUACUGGACCGUCUGUGCCAUAAUGACAGUUUCUACAAUCGCCUUCCUCGGCCACGGAAUGACGAAGCCUCGCACGCACCGCAUCUUCCACUACAUCACCGCCUCGAUCACCAUGGUCGCUGCCAUUGCUUACUUCUCCAUGGCUGCCAACUUGGGAUGGACGCCUAUUGCUGUUGAGUACCAGCGCAGCGACCAUCGCGUUGCCGGUAUCUACCGUGAGAUCUUCUACGUACGAUACAUCGAUUGGUUCAUCACCACUCCCCUACUCCUCAUGGAUCUCCUCCUCACCGCUGGCAUGCCUUGGCCCACUGUUCUCUGGGUUAUUCUUGUUGACUGGGUCAUGAUUGUUACUGGUCUUGUCGGCGCACUGGUCAAGUCCAGCUACAAAUGGGGUUAUUUUGCUUUCGGCUGUGUUGCUCUGGCUUACAUUGUUUUCCAGCUUGCUUGGGAAGCUCGAAUCCACGCGUACCACGUUGGUCCUGAUGUUGGCCGAACAUUCCUCACAUGUGGCUCUUUGACAGCUGUUCUCUGGAUUCUCUACCCCAUUGCCUGGGGUGUCUGCGAGGGAGGUAAUGUCAUCUCUCCCAACGCUGAAGCCGUCUUCUAUGGCAUUCUAGACAUCCUUGCCAAGCCUGUGUUUGGCGCCCUGCUUCUUUGGGGUCAUCGCAACAUUGACCCUGCCCGCCUUGGACUCCGUAUUAGGGAUGUCGAUGAGCGUAUCCACCCUGAUGGUCCUGCUGUGAAGGCCCAGCGCGCUCGGGAUGGCACCACUGGCACUACUGGUACUACCAGUGGUGCUGAUGUUCCUUCUGCUUAA